AUGAAAGUGCACAUUUUCUAUGAAAUAGUUUCUACUGGACACUUUUUCUAUAAUAAAGUACACAGUGAAGCUGCCGAAUUCGUCAAUAGAAUCACCCAAAAACUAAUGGAAUGCCCCAUUGAAUUCGUUACGUUAUUCAAUGAAAUUUUUACAUACGUGUCAGCUUCUUCAAUUUUUGUGGCACUGACUAAUAUGCCUGAGGCCGUUCUGUCCAUCAGCUUCACACGAUUCAAAAGGCAUUGUCGACGGUGCUGACCCCCAAGCUCCUCGCCAUUCUUCAUUCCAAACAUCUCGUGUUGUUCAGUGUUGUUGCACGUGCACACGUGCGUCCCUGAUUGUCAACAAUUGACAACAAUCCACAAAAAAACACCCUCAAUUAAAGCCACAGCACCACCUCUGAUGACGACUUAGCUUAACACGAGACCCCUCCACUUGCCCGCGCCCUUUCCCUAGUUCUCAACAGAAUCCCCAUGGAUUCCGAAGAGAUGGAGUGCCAGACCGAGGAGAUGGAGCAGGCGGACGAGAGUGAGGACGACUCAAUGGACGAAAAAGAAGAAGAAGAAGAAGAAGAGGAGGAGGCCAGCGACCCCACGAAUGCAGAAGCCUCAAAACCCGAGGUGUACCUCCCAGGGAGGACCCUGGAGAAGGGAGAGGAGCUGGUGGUGGACAUGUCUGCCUACAGGAUGCUGCACCAGGCGCAGACAGGCGCCCCCUGCCUGAGCUUCGACGUAAUCAGAGACGACCUGGGGAGCAGCAGAGAGGAGUAUCCCCUGUCCAUGUACCUGGUGGCAGGCACCCAGGCAGCCCGAGCCCACGUCAACAGUCUCCUAGUCAUGAAGAUGACGAAUUUAAGCAGAACAAAAGCCAAGGAUGACGACAACGAUGAUGACGAGGAUGAUGACGACGACGAUGAUGACGAUGACGAGGACAAGGAGAAGACCUCACCGCAGAUGAGUGUCGCAUCGAUAAAGCACCAGGGGUGCGUCAACAGGGUGAGGUGCACUCAAAUGGGGGAGACUACGUUGGUGGCCAGUUGGAGCGAACUGGGGAAAGUCAGCAUCUGGAACCUCCAGGAGCAGCUGAGGGCUGUGGACAGCCCCACGGGCUUGGCAGUGUACAAUAAGAGGGUGGAGAGGCAGGAGAAGGGGGCAGAGGCUGCAUUCACGUUCAAGGGGCACCUCUCGGAGGGCUAUGGCAUCGACUGGUGUCCGAAUGAGGCUGGCACACUGGCCACUGGCGACUGCAGGGGGAACAUUCACCUGUGGAGGCAUGUGGGGGGGAGCUGGCAUGUGGAUCAACGCAGCUUUAAUUCUCAUGCCCCACACAGUGUGGAGGAUCUUCAGUGGUCACCGAAUGAGAAGAGUGUGCUGGCCUCUUGCUCUGUGGACAAGAGUAUAAAAAUAUGGGACACCAGAGCGAGUCCCCAGUCAGCCUGCAUGCUGACAGCAGCCAAUGCCCACUCAGCAGACGUCAACGUAAUCUCCUGGAACAAGAGAGAGCCUCGUUUUCUGGUGUCCGGUGGUGACGAUGGCGCAGUUAAAAUCUGGGACCUCCGACAGUUUGGAGCUGGCACCAACACCGCCAUAGCCACAUUCAAGCAGCACACAGCGCCUGUUACUACUGUUGAGUGGCAUCCAGAUGAGGCCACAGUGUUUGCAUCUGGUGGGGCUGAUGAUCAGAUCGCCCAGUGGGACCUCUCGGUUGAGGUUGAUCAGGAGGGAGAGGCCGACAAAGAACUGGCUGAUUUGCCACCACAGCUGUUAUUCAUUCAUCAAGGACAGUCCGAUGUCAAGGAGCUGCACUGGCAUCCACAAUGUCCCGGGGUGCUCAUUUCAACUGCACAUUCUGGAUUCAACGUUUUCAGGACAAUCAGUGUUUAAAAUUAUGAUUAAUUAUCGUGGAUUAUUAUUGGCUGUUUCUGGGAUUUUUGAGAGAAUAAAUUCCUAUCACGAAGACGA